AAGAAUUGCGUUAUCAUUCUAUAAAUAUCAGAAGUACUUGAAGAGCACAAGUGUAUUAUAGUUCGCUCCACAAUGAAAGUGAUAGCGUUGAUUUCAAUUCUUUUCGUACCGUUUUCCUCGUGUGCAAAUAUUCUGGCAAUAGUACCUACCCCGGCGUUCAGUCAUCAGUCCGCAUUUUGGCCGUUAUGGAAGGAAUUAUCCCUGAGAGGAAAUCAAGUGACCCUCUUAACAACAGAUCCCAUUGGAAACCGUUCGCUGAGCAAUCUCACAGAGCACAAUUUUCACGACGUCUACAAACACAAAGAGGAAAUAAACGGCCUGAUGGAUAAAGGUAGCCUUCCGACUCUGAUUUCAGCUCUGUCGAGGCUCGUAAAGAAUAUCGUAACGACUUUCUUUGAAAGCGACGCGGUUCGAGAUCUGUUGAAGAAUAAUUCCUCGAAGAAAUUCGACUUGGUCGUAGUGGAAGACCUUUUCCCGGAGUUCCUUGUAUUCGGUCAAGUUUAUAAGUGUCCAACUAUUUUAAUCCAUUCGACGGAUACGUUAACGUCAGUUCACCGUGCCAUGGGAAACUCGUACCAUCCAGUUGUAUACUCGGAGAAGUAUUAUGCUUGCCGAGGCAACCUGAAUACCACAUUUUGGGAUAGACUCGGAAGUACUCUGCACUAUGCGAUCACUUGGUUUUUCAGAAACUUUUACAUCUCACCAAUGAGGCAUACGGUUCUUCAGAAAUAUAUGGGCCCGGAGGUCCCAACUAUCCACCGAUUGAUGAGCACAGCUGACUUGUUACUGUUGAAUAUACACCCGAUGUUACAAGGUGCAAAACUGAUAGGACAGAACACCAUAUCCUUUGGAGGAGGAGUACACUUGAGAGAGCCAAAACCGUUACCAGAGAAUAUAAAGAACUUUCUGGAGAAAGCAAGCAACGGUGUUAUCUACUUCAGUUUAGGAACGACGGUGAGCAGUAGCCAACUGAACGAUGUCAAGAAAAAAAACAUAAUUGAAACCUUCCGACAACUGCCUUACAACGUAUUGUGGAAAUACGAACAAGAUGAUCUCCAGAACAUUCCUGAGAAUAUAAUGAUCAUAAAAUGGGCCCCGCAACAAGACAUUUUGAGGCAUCCAAAUGUGAGGCUGCUUAUAACUCAAGGAGGACAACAAUCAAUCGAGGAAGCCCUUUUGAAUGGUAUUCCAAUGGUGGUGUUACCAUUUGAAGUUGAUCAAAUCCCAAAUGCGAAGAAAAUUGAAUGUGAAGGACUUGGAAAACGUGUUAAUCACAAACCAUAUUUAUCACAGAAAGAAUUCAAGAGUGCCAUAGAGGAAGUAAUCGGCAAUAGAUCAAUAUAUCAUAAGCGAGUGAAGGAGUUUGCGAAGCUUUUAUUGGAUGAACCUGUGCCUGGCGUAGAAAAAGCAAUAUGGUGGAUGGAGUAUGUCAUCAGGCAUAAAGGAGCAAAGCACCUGCGUAACCCGAUUGUAGAUAUCCCACUGUAUCAAUACCUCAUGCUUGAUGUAAUUGCUUCAGUAUUUAUAGUACUUUUAUUCUUGGUUACGAUGGUGUUUUUGAUUAGCCGUAAACUUAAACGUUUUGUUAGAUCUUUAAUGAAAAGCGGUAAACUUAAGACCAAAUGAAGACAAUAAAAAAUUAAGAUUUUUUGUAUUCAAUUUAUGCUAUACAGGGUGACUCACAAGUCAUGACCAAAAAUGAAACAUUAUACACAGGACCGGAUUUCAAGGGGGUCUUUUAUGUAACAUUUUUUCUUGAGGACUUCAUUAAAAAGAUA